AUGUGUCGAGACGAUUUUAUCUUACGUUGCGGGUAUCCCAUGAACUGGAUCGAGGUCAUCCAAAACGUCUCAAAGCAAGAUGCUUCGUUAACGGAUGCCUUCUCGGCAUUGAGCAUCUCAAGAGUCGGUCAGGGGCACAAGGACGUUCGUCUUGUCCACGAGAGCGCCAAACUAUAUGGAAGGGCCCUGAAAGAAUUGCAACUUGCCCUGUUCGAUGCUGACCGAAUGCACUCCGACCAUGUACUCAUGGCUUGUAUGCUUCUGGGUCUCUACGAAGUCCUCGAAGGACCAGCGCUCAACUCGAGGAGCUGGAUGGCUCAUGCUGCUGGUGCUGCUCGCCUGGUAGAACUGCGUGGACCGAAGCGACAUCAACACUGGGAUGCGCAUCAUCCUUUUCUCGCCACCAGGAUCCCUACCAUCUAUGCUUCCAUUUUACAGAGAAAGGCGACAUAUCUGGCCGAACCGGAGUGGCUAACAAUACCUUGGGAAUUCCAGCAUCGGACUUAUUUCGACAGCAUGGUCGACCUGGGAACCAUCGUCCCGGGAAUCUUGCAGAAAUUCGACAUUCUCCGAGAAAGUGAAGCGGAUAAAACUGCAGACCUAAUUCAGCUGUUGGAUGAAUGCAGAGAUCUGCAAAAUAAGAUGGAGAGGUGGAAAGACGGCACCAAGAAGGGCGCUUUACCUCGUGAAGUCCCGCAUGACGCUGCUGACCCGGAUUAUCCCUUUGAAACUGAUCUGUGGUUCGAAAAUCAUUUAUUCAUUCAAGCACGUCUGGUCUACUACACCUGCUCCCUGGCUUUGAGCGAAGUAGCUGGUGAGAUCCUCCAAGCUCUCAAACAUGGAGAUCAAAAACUGCCAGAAGCCCUGGAUCCUGCUACAUCGGGGCAACAUUUCGACUCGGGUCGACACGCUGCAAGGAUCGCUCGCUGUGUCGCUUACUGCUUACAACCGGAGAUGGGGGCUUUGGGUGCCAGCAUCAUCAACUUUCCGGCAAAUCUGGCAUUUACAUAUUAUGAGAGAGUCGAGCACACUGCUGCCGUAGACUGGUUCACAAAAGCGUCCCGGUCUGCUAAAGCCAGAGGAUUACAUGUGGACAAUGUAUUCACACAACUCCUCCCCAACGUUCGAGACAAAGACGACCGCGUGCGGUUCCUCAAGAGAGAAUCGAGUACAGAAUCAUCCGAGAGUGGAAACUCCACCAGCUCCGGUAUGAGUAUGGCGAGCUCCGCUACAACGAUAUUUAUCUACGAGGACCCUGCGAAAGAUUUUUAUGACGCGACCGAUGACCCGGGCUGA